UCGACACAGUCCCGGAAGCCUUUCGAGAGUCGGUCCAAAAAUGGCUUACCAGACAUUCCAGCAGGAAUAUUUACAGAUUCCUGUAGUUACAAGGACUUAUACCACCGCCUGUGUGCUCACCACCGCGGCUGUUCAAUUAGAACUUAUUACACCUUUCCAGCUAUACUUCAAUCCAGAUUUGAUAUUAAAGCACUACCAGGUAUGGCGGCUUGUGACCAACUUUCUGUUUUUCGGUCCAGUUGGCUUCAAUUUCUUAUUCAAUAUGAUAUUUUUAUACAGAUAUUGUCGAAUGCUGGAGGAAGGCUCUUUCAGAGGCAGAACCGCUGAUUUUGUCUUCAUGUUCCUCUUCGGUGGCCUUCUCAUGACUAUAUUUGGCAUGUUCGUGAGCCUUGUGUUCCUGGGCCAGGCCUUCACUAUCAUGCUUGUAUAUGUAUGGAGCAGACGCAACCCCAACGUACGCAUGAAUUUCUUUGGCCUUCUCAACUUCCAAGCCCCUUUCCUGCCAUGGGUGCUCAUGGGAUUCUCGCUGCUGCUGGGCAAUUCCAUCAUUGUGGAUCUUUUAGGCAUCGCAGUGGGACAUGUGUAUUUCUUCUUGGAGGAUGUGUUUCCCAACCAGCCAGGUGGUGGCAGAUGGCUAAGGACUCCAUCCUUUCUCAAAAUGCUCUUUGACACGCCAGAGGAAGAUCCGAACUACAACCCCCUCCCAGAGGAGCGUCCAGGUGGAUUUGCCUGGGGCGAGGGCCAGCGGCUUGGGGGCUAAGCUUUACACCCCUCCUCCAUGGACACAUACUCUGAGAGCAAAAGGUAGAGGGGGGAAUUAUUUUCAACUAAUUUCUCUUGUGCUGUAAGAAAAGACUGGAACUCCUGCAGCGUAUGCAGGUUCAUUGUUCCCCCCCUCCGGCUGCUUGCAACACCCGGACUGACGCUCAGACUGUGGAUAUGGGAUUUGAUGCAGGACUGAGCUUUCAGCGCUGUUGCUCUUGCCCUUUUUUUCGUCGUGUUGUGCAACAGUGAUCACUAAUGUGGAGCUACUGCAAAAAAAGAGCUGGAUUGACCGAAGCCAGGGCAAGUGUACUUUUACUUUUUUAAAGAAAACAAUAAUAAAUGUAUAUAAAAUGUGCAAGUA